CUCCACAAACAUGUUGAGUUUGAUUUCCUUAUCAAGGGCCAGUUUCUUCGAGUGCCCUUGGUCAAACACAUGGAACUGGAGAACAUUUCAUCGGAAGAGGUUGUGGAACUAGAAUAUGUGGAAAAGUACACCGCACCCCAGCCAGAGCAGUGCAUGUUCCAUGAUGACUGGAUCAGCUCAAUUAAAGGGGCAGAAGAAUGGAUCCUGUCUGGCUCUUAUGAUAAGACUUCUCGGAUCUGGUCCUUGGAAGGAAAGUCAAUAAUGACAAUUGUGGGACAUACAGAUGUUGUGAAAGAUGUGGCUUGGGUGAAAAUAGACAGUUUGUCCUGCUUACUACUGACGGCCUCGAUGGACCAGACUGUUCUCUUAUGGGAGUGGAAUGUAGAGAAGAACAAAGUGAAAGCUCUGCACUGCUGCCGAGGGCAUGCUGGGAGUGUGGACACCAUCGCAGUCGAUAGCUCGGGAGCCAAGUUUUGCAGUGGCUCCUGGGAUAAGAUGCUAAAGAUCUGGUCUACAGUCCCUACAGAUGAAGAAGAUGAAAUGGAAGAAGCCACAAAUCGACCAAGAAAAAAGCAAAAAACAGAACAAUUGGGACUAACAAGAACACCCUUGGUGACCCUCUCUGGCCACACAGAAGCAAUUUCCUCAGUCCUUUGGUCAGAUGCUGAAGAAAUCUGUAGUGCAUCUUGGGAUCACACAAUUAGAGUGUGGGAUGUUGAGUCUGGCGGUCUUAAGUCAACUCUGACAGGAAAUAAAGUGUUUAAUUGUAUUUCCUAUUCUCCCCUUUGUAAACGUUUGGCAUCUGGAAGCACAGACAGGCAUAUUAGACUGUGGGAUCCCCGAAGUAAAGAUGGUUCUUUGGUGUCACUGUCUCUCACCUCACACACAGGCUGGGUGACAUCAGUGAAGUGGUCUCCUACCCACGAACAGCAGCUCAUCUCGGGUUCUUUAGAUAACAUUGUGAAGCUAUGGGAUACAAGAAGCUGUAAGGCUCCUCUCUACGAUCUAGCUGCUCAUGAAGACAAAGUUCUAAGUGUGGACUGGACAGACACAGGGGGUCUCAUGGAGCCAGGCUGUCUUAGAAUCUAUUGUGUAGCUGAGGAUGACCUUGAACUGACUCCUAUCUCCAUCUCCAAUGCUGGGGUUAUAGGUGUGCACCAGUAUACUAGUCCUCUUCUUAUUUUGAGAUGGGAUGUUUCUUAAAUUUGUGGUCCUCUC